AUGAAGGGGACUUACAAUAGAAAACAUGCCUUGGAGAGAUUGGAUUACUAUUACCAAGUUAUCAACACAACCAUUUUAUCGAAGCAGAAUGCAGCAAGUGGUUUGAUUCCUGCUUCAGUUGCUAUCACGACACACGGUGACUAUACUGAUGCUUGGGUGAGAGAUAAUGUUUAUUCUAUCUACUGUGUAUUUGGUCUUGCGUUGGCUUACAGAAGAAUUGACGAUACCACAGGAAGAGCAUUUGAGCUUGAACACGCGGUUGUUAAAUUGAUGCGGGGCUUGCUGUUCGCUAUGAUGCGCCAAGCGCCCAAGGUGGAGAAGUUUAAAAAGACACAAAAUGUAUUGGAUGCACUUCAUGCUAAAUACAAGACGGAAACAGGUGCUACUGUGGUGGGUGAUCGUGAUUGGGGUCAUUUACAAAUUGAUGCUACUAGCUUCUUUUUAGUAGCUCUGGCAGAUAUGACCACGAGCGGUUUGAACAUUAUUUAUACGCAAGAUGAAGUGGAUUUUGUGCAAAACCUGGUAUUUUAUAUUGAACGUAAGUACUACCAAAAAAAGCAGUGCAAAAAAAAAAAAAGCGCUUAUCGAACACCUGACUUUGGUAUUUGGGAACGAGGUAACAAGGUUAAUCAUGGACAGCCUGAAUUGAACUCUUCGUCCAUCGGUAUGGCAUAUGCUGCUUUACGAGCCAUUAAUGGUGUAAAUUUAUUUGGGGCUCGUGGUAGUGCUUCUUCAACAAUUUAUGUGAUGCCCGACGAGAUGACACGUAACAAGAUUACACUCUUAAGCGUUUUGCCCAGAGAGUCCAAUUCGAAAGAGGUGGAUGGGUCCGUCUUAUCAGUGAUAGGUUUCCCAGCCUUUGCCGUUGAGAAUCCAGCUUUGUUAGAACAUACUCGCACAGAUGCCAAAAGUAAAUUGGAGGGUCGUUAUGGAUGGAAGAGAUUUUUGCGUGAUGGGCACCAAACAGUACUCGAAGACCACACUCGUCUUCAUUACAAUGAGAGUGAAUUAAAAGUUUUCGAAAACAUUGAAUCUGAAUGGCCUCUGUUUUUCACUUAUAUGGUUUUGGAAGGGUUAUUCUCGGGAAACAUGGAGCAAGUCGAAGAGUACCGUAAAAAGCUCGAAUUCGUAACCAUUGACUCUCUCGAUUUAACAAUUGCACCUGCUGACCUCCAUAUACCUUUAUUGCCGGAAUUGUAUUAUGUGCCUAAAGAGUCCAUUGAUGCCGAAAAAGCAAACCCUCAUUCUCAAAAGAGAAUUCCUAACGAUAACACGCCCUUGGUGUGGGCUCUUUCGCUCUACUUGUUGGGUAAUCUCAUGUACGAAAACCUACUCUCACCCUCUGAAGUCGAUCCUUUAGGCCGUCGUUUUAAUGUGAAGGGUGCUAGCAAAGACAAUGUGGUGCAGUUAGUUUUGCUAUCUGAGGAUGAAGAGUUACAGAAGACACUGUCUACUUAUGGUCUUGAAACUCAAUCACUUGAUCAAAUAUCUUCAAGCUUCACUGUUUUGCCUCCUCAAGCGCUUGUGGAUGUGUACGGUGCAUUAGGUCAAAACUCUAAGCUGGGUUUGACAGGUAGACCUAGGCGUCCCAUUGGAACUUUAGCCACUUCUCGUCUUUAUCGUAUUGAAGGACACAUUUACGCUUUCACACCUCAGUUUAUGGAUGUUGAUACUUUUUAUCUUAACUCAGAUCCCGAUUAUCUCGUCUCCACUAUUGAAAAUGAACUGAGCUUUACGAACGCUAACUGGCUCUUUGCAGGCCGCCCGACGAUAACAAUUGUCCUGACCAACGCUAUUCUAUCUUUGACAAAUGCUUUAUUGUCGGCUGAUGCUUCUAAGAAGAACUUGCUCAACUUUUUCAUGAAUUUACGUUCGGGAGAAUGCAAUGGUGUUCGCGUUCGUUUAUCGCGUCUCGUUGAAACUGUGAAUACAAGCAACAUUGAAUCCCUCGACUUCUUGGUCAACAAACGUGACGUAGAUUGGAGUAAUAUCCUCUCCAUGAACAAAUCUCAUCGCUCCGGCAGAUCUUACCGUCGAUUGAAUUUUGAUGAAUCCGGUAUGAGUUCUCCAGGUGGUGCUCUUACCCCAGGUGGCCCAGGAGCAAGAACACCUCGCCGUCGCAGUGUGUUUGGUGGUAAAUUGUUGGGAACUCCUUUGAAUAAACUGGACGAUAGCGAUACUUAUUUCCAAGACGUUGCUGCUGCUUUGGAGAGAAUUAAUAAAAAUACUGUGAGCGCAUUCAAAUUGAAAGAUCACGAAAUUGUUCCUGCUCACCCAGUGAAUAAUGCCACACCUCCUGGUCGUGCAGAUUCUCCUCCUCCUAAUGACGCCACGAGUGAUGCCCAAACGAGUAAGAAGCCAGUAAAUAUCGUGAUCGAUACUGCUGAGGGUAAUGAAAGUGGCGACAACAAUGAGGUACUUUUAUCUUUGACUCUGGGCGAUAUUUCACAAUACAACGACGCCGUGAAAAGCCUCCAAGAUUCUGUUAAUUUGUACGAUCAAAUCGAUUUGCUGCAAUAUCUAGCCUCUGUGAAAAACUUGGACGAAUACAUUUAUGAACUUGAUGCCACCCUUCGUGAGCUAUUGGAAGAAGUAUACGUAAAAUCGAAACGACUUCAAUAUUGGUCUAUUACUCGUCAAGCAAGUGGUUUAUUGUGCAAGACGAUGCCUACUUUGACUUACAACUUAACCGACCUUAUCAUUAACAAUAAGCAAGUUAGUAUCGGUUCCGGUACUUCAGAACAAUUCAUUUCCACUCCUCUCAGCCCCGAUGCGCUUACCAAGAUGAUAUCAGAACAAUGCGCUGAUGAUGUUCGUGAAGGACCUGUCGUUCAAGAAAUCAUCAUCUUUUUGGGCAACUUCAUUCGUACUAAUCCUCGUAUGUUUGAAGGUAUCUUACGUUUGCGUACACACUUUAUUAUUAUUGCUUUACGUGAAGAAAUUAGCCGUACCAACAGAUAUAAUGAAGAGGAAGCUAUUGAACAUCUGAUGCAAUUAUCACCUUUCGAGUUGCAAUCCUUAUUGGGUACCGUCAUGUCUGGUCCGGGAAUGUGUGAGGAGACCACUAUCAUGGUUCCUGAAGGGAACACAGAGAAUAUCAGCGACAACCAGAAAAACAGCAAUGAUGACAAGAUUAUUAUUCGAGCUCAGUCCGGUGGUUAUAAUGACGGAAACUUUGCUCGCGCUGAAAUCAAUGGUAGUGUAUUAGCUGCCAACACUCGUGGUCUCCAUGUCUGGGCAAUUGAUCGUCUCGAAAACCUAGUCUUGCAACAUGCUUCUUUCGAUACUCAUAUAUCUACAGAAGAAAGCAAUGAUCUCGUUCAGUUCAUCGUCGGCUUAGUGCCAGGUAUUAUCGUUGUGUUCGCUUCGAAGGAUGAUUUUACUGAGCAUUUAACUGAAGAGGCCAAGGAUGCUCUCAGAAGUCUGGGCGCAGAAAAGAUUGAUCAAGUCAAAUACCGUGAUUCUUACGUCUUGAUCGCUGAAAAGAACGGUGAUCGUACUAUCGAAGCUCAUCGAUCUACGAAUGAUGGCCCAACUGAACUGGUUGAAAUUGAGUUCGCUAUGCUUAAAAAGAACGAUAUCCAGCCUUCCGAGAUUAACUAUGAUAAUAUCAGUCAUUUUUGUCCAACUUCGAAUGGUCGUUGGUUACGUCGUCGUAAAAAUGAUGGUGCUCUUAACCGUGCUCCAAGACAUUUCUUCUCUCGAAUUUGGAAAGUUUUGGACUCAUGUGAAGGUUUUCAAAUUGGUUCUCACUACUUACCCCGUGAUCCUAUUGUAUUUGAAAAGACACCUGAGGAAUUCAACUUUGCUUUAGCAGUCGAAGGUUUCUUGGGUAUAUUGAGAGAUCCUGCAGAACGUCAAGUUGGAGUCGAGUUAUUGUCACAGAUUUACGAGAUUCAAAAAUCCAAGCCCAAGUUUGUCUUCAUUGAACAGAAUAUCGAUAUCCCUGCUCUUAUGAAUGCUGCCAUUGCUGAAUUCUGGAACAAAUGGAUUGAAAAGAAUAAGGCUGCUUUUGAAAAGAGUCCAAUGUUCGAAAAAGGGUUUGAUUACGAGACUCAUAAAGACAUGGCACAUAAUCUUUUCUAUGAUUUACCACUGGAUAAUAAUGGAGAAGAGUCCACCUCAGCUUAUUUACGUAGAAGUAUAUCCAGCAUAUUAAAUAUCUAG